GCCAAAUUAAGGGAAUAAUUAAUAAGAAAUUUAGAAUUCAUAUUUGCUAAAUCAUUACCCAGAAAAAAAGAAUCCAUUAGGAUAAGAGACCAUCUUGAAAAAUGUAAUUAGGAGUAGUUUAUUCGCUAACAAUGAUUAAUAUAAGAAAUGUUAUGUGAAUGGAAGAACAAAAACUGGAGAAAAGUCCAUAUAUUUAGGCUUUCUGCUGCAGCUGGAAGAACAGAACAGAACAGAAGAAAAGGUACUGCAGAAACGCAAUAAAUUAUUGGGGGGGGGGGAUUAGGUUAAUUGAUUAUACUAUUAACUAUUAAGCUGUGAGAAUGCAAGACGGCCACCGUGUUACAUCAUAAUCAACAUUCGCAAUUUACAGCGAAGCAACCCGCAAGCUUCUAAAAACUUCCCACCUAGCUGAAGAAGCCGGUCUUCCUCAUUUUAUUUAUUAAUUUAUUUCUUUUUUUGUCCUUUGAAUUUUCUUUCUGGAAUUUUGAUACACAAUAGUCCAACCAGUACCACCACUAAUAUUAUUCCUUAAAUUUAAUAAAAAUAUCCCAUUUUCCUCCCACUCUAUCUCUCUCUUGGUCUCAGCCGCCUUUAUUUCAGGUUUUGCUUCAUCCCUGACUAACCUUAAUACCCUUGACUAAUUGAUUUUUUUUGGGUUUUUAAGCUUUAGUCUAUUGACUAAUAUUAUUUGUUUGCAGUGGGAUGGGAGCAGAACACUGAAAGAUUUGUUCUUUUAGCUUGUUUUUAGUUGUGGGAUUCCUGAGUUGGGUGGUUUUGACAAGUGGGAAUUGGCUGUUCUUUUGGUGUUUGUAGGAAUUAGUUGAGAGAAAAGAGACAAAAGAACUGUGUAUGCAACUGGUGUUUGUGCUCUGAUUAGUGAGUUGGGUUUUUAGAUUCUUGAUCUAGAGUUAAUUUAAUUCGAUUAUGUUAACUGUCAGAUUAGGAUAUUGGUAGUUGUUAUUAUCCACUGCUCUAUCAGAGCUGAAGGACUGGUUAAUUUGGGGUCUUUGCAUAAGGGUAUUUACUGGGUUCUGGCUUUUCUCUCAUAAAGAUUCAUCUUGGCUUUGGAUUUGAUAUAGCUGGAUCUUUCUCAAUUAUUCGGUAUUCAUUGUGAUCCAAUUGAACUUUGUGUGCUCGUGUGAAAUUCUGAAGUUGGCCCCUGGAAGACUCUAUGAUAUAUGGUCAUUUUUUCUAUCCGGACGAAGCAAAUUGUAGUCUUGGACUGUGAAAUCACCAUAAGUCUGCAGAAGCUGGUAUCUGUUGGUCAUGAAGUUUUGUUAAGUUGAGGGGCAAACCUUGUUGAUUGAGUGGAAAUUGAGUGAUCAGUUGGGCUAGACUUGAGUAACAGAAUGCCAACUCUAUAUUUUGCUCAGGAAAGAUGUCACUUUUGGGUUGUGGUACUUCAUUGAGUAUUGUGGUGGUUUUGAGUCUACUAUUGUUUGAGCAUUUGCCAAGACUUUCAGCUUCUAAUGCUUUGGAAGAUUUAAAUAGAUGUGGCCGCCACCAUGUUGGGUAUCCGCAUGAUGGUAAUGAGAUAUUGUUUUACAUAAAUGAAGAAUUGGUAGAUAGGCGAUUCUUCUGCAAAGCUCUCAAUAUCUACCACGAGAAUCAUUGCUUCGUUAGGGAAGGUCUUAGAAAUAGGUUUUGCAGUUUGUCUUUAGAUGAGUUGCAUUUCAGUGCAGGAAGAAAGUUUCUGGAAAAAACAUUGACAGGAGGAUUGAUGGAAAAUAAAUCUCAGGAGAAUGAGGAGAAAGAUGCCGAAUCUUCUCUAUUAACCUCGAAAUACUUGUACAUGGCAGCUCCAGGGGCUCUACUUCUGUGCUGCGGGAUAAUCUGUCCUUGCAUUCGUGCAAGAAGAAAAGAAGCUUCCCUUCCUGCAGUUGAGAAGGAGCUUAGUUCGAUGGACUCUAUUUCAUCUUUGGAGACGGGUGUGAUUCCAGAUAAAAUCCCACCAAGCCCUCUUCGUGUUCCCCCUAGUCCUUCAAGAUUUUCCAUGUCACCAAAACUUGACAGAGUUGGAUCGGUUCAUUUGAGUAUGAAUCAAGUUGUUAGAGCUACCCACAAUUUUGCUCAAUCACAAAUAAUAGGUGAAGGGGGGUUCGGAACAGUUUAUAAAGCACGACUACCUGAUGGCCAGGUAGUUGCCAUCAAACGUGCAAAGCAGGAAUUCUUCGAAACGCUAAGAACCGAGUUCAAAAGUGAAGUUGAAUUACUGGCCAAAAUUGAUCAUCGGAAUUUGGUCAAAUUACUCGGAUAUGUUGAUAAAGGCAAUGAACGCCUAAUUAUUACAGAGUAUGUACCAAAUGGUACACUGAGAGAACAUCUGGACGGAACCCGAGAGAAAAUAUUGGAUUUUAAUCAAAGACUUGAAAUUGCCAUAGAUGUGGCUCACGCCUUGACGUACCUACAUCUAUAUUCAGGUCUGUUUAGCCGAUUCAUUUUCAAAUCAUGCAUUAAUUUCUGCACUGACUUAGAAGAAAAAGGAAAUUUUGGGAAUAAGCAGUUGUGCUUCAUAAGUGACAAUCCAACUCUGUGUAUUGUGUACUAAUUCCAAUAACACCUUUCCAACUGCAUGGUUAGCCAAAAUCUUUAUGUAAAUAGUGAAAUUCACCUUAACAAGCAGAAGACACUUCAUUAUUUAAUACUCUAAUACACCUCCAUUCCUUUCCUUUAUCAUAAGGGAAGAAAAAAGGUGUUCUUGUUCCGUUGUAGUGGCUGGAUUAUAAGAUCUGUUUUUGAGUUCAUAUUUUGAAAUGCAAAGUUGAUGAUAUUGGGAUUUUGCCUUCAGAAGCAGUUUUGGAUGAUCGUUUUGGUUAGUAUACAGUGUCGAAAUGUGGAAUUUGUUUUUGUAAUUUCGAAUUUAUUCACUAGGACUAAGUUUGUCUCUUCCCUGUGCACUGUAUGUUCAAGUUUUAGUAAUGUUCUAUCUGCUGACUGUGCUGCAGAGAAGCAAAUCAUCCAUAGAGAUGUGAAGUCAUCAAAUAUUCUUCUCACAGAAAGUAUGAGGGCCAAAGUUGCCGAUUUUGGAUUUGCGAGGCAGGGAGACAUGGAUGCCGAUAAAACACAUGUUUCCACCAAAGUUAAAGGCACAGUUGGCUACCUUGAUCCGGAGUAUAUGAAGACUUACCAACUCACGCCCAAGAGUGAUGUAUACUCAUUUGGGAUUCUAUUGAUAGAAAUUUUGUCUGGUCGCCGUCCUGUAGAGAUGAAAAGACCUGCCGCCGAAAGGGUUACGAUUAGAUGGGUAAGUUUCCAGAUAUUACUUUACGAGUUAGUUGAUUUCUCCUAAAAUCACAAAUCUUAUGCCCUGCCAUAUACUUCAUGGCACCGUUUUUCUGUGGUCAUGACAUUACUGGAUUAAAGCUUCCAUCAAAUCGCGAGAUAGUUGCUACUACUCGUUACCUCUUUACGCUUUUCAAAAAUUUGCCUGAAAGAUUUGUCAAUUGGUGGAUGCAGGCUUUCAAAAAGUACAAUGAAGGGAAUUUAUUUGAUUUGCUGGACCCCAAGAUGAAGGAACCGGUAGAGAAGCGUGUACUGAUGAAAAUGUUUGGUUUGGCAAUCCAGUGUGUUGCGCCGUCGCGAGCUGAACGUCCGGACAUGAGGGUGGUGGGAGAGGAGCUAUGGGCAAUCAGAAUGGACUACAUGAAGAGUGGAAAAACUGGAAGAAAUUAAGAACUAGUGGAAUUCCAUUACAAAAUGUUAAAAUGCUGUAUAGAGAUAUAACGUUAUCUUCCCACGAAACCUUACAAGCAGGCCCCCCGCCCCCCGGCUUCUUUUCGGGGAAUGGGUUUUCUGCUCUUUAUUCUGCUAAUUUGUCUGUUAUUAUCCCCCAUGUUUGUAAUGUGUAAUGUUUACAAGUUUUUGUGUAAUUUGCUUUUGGUUUGGUUGAUGAUGUCUAUGAAGGGAUUGGAUGAAGUGCAUAUAAAAAGCAUGAAAUUUAAGAGUUUCUAAAGCUUAAAUUAUCAU